ACUUAUAUUUGGAGACAAUACCGUGAUUCUUAAAUUGUGGCGACUUGCGGUGUUUGUAAAUAGUACUUAGGGUCAGGCACAUUAUUGGCGGUAGUGUCCUUCAUUGCCUGAAUUUUAAGUAGCUUGAUACUAUAUGUAUACAUGUGUAACGAGUCCGCCUUGUUCAGGAUGUGGAUCUCAAACAUUUUAGCAGUGUUCUUUGUCUGCGCAGCAGUGUCGGAAAGCACACCAUUAACCACUACACCGGACUUUGGGAAGGCCUACCACGUUAAAGGUGUGAUCUCGCUGCCCUAUGCUGAAAUCAAGGAGCCCUUUGAGGCCUGGUAUGACCUGCAGGGGGCAACAAGCCGCAUUGACUACUACCAUGGCCAGGUGUCCACGUUCCAGAAGGGUGCGGAGAAGCCCUGGGGCUCCAGCUAUAAGAUCUCACCAGAGACCACCGAGACGGAGUUUAACGUCAUGAAGUGCUUUCAAUUAAACGGCACGGAAGGGGACGCGGUUCACCCCCAGGGGGUACUUCCAGCUCUUGAGGGGUUCAAGUUUUUGCGGAUGGAGUACUUUGGUGGCGUGCUGUGUGAGGUGUGGCAGAAUGUGACAAUGGUGGGGCACAAGAAGAACACCUACACCCUGUGGGUGACGCGCCCCGAGGGCAAGAACGAGCCGGCCACGCCCUGGCACUAUGAGAUGAUGGGCUACAACACCCUGCUGGGCUCCCACUACGACAAGUACCUGGUGGACUACAAAGAAUUCAGCUCCCACGUGGACCCCAAGGCCUUCUCUCUGCCUGAUGGUUUGAAGUGUGGACCGUUCCCUGGGCCCGGAGUGGAGCAUCAGAUCCUGGCCAAUCCGAUGCAAGACCUGGUCCACACCACCUCCAAGGGCCAUGCCCGUCGGCUGUUUGGACACUUCAAAGAAACGUUCCAGCGUCGCUAUGGUGACGAGAAGGAGCACGAGGAUCGAGAGCGUUCCUUUGUUCACAACUUGCGCUUUGUCCAUUCCAUGAACCGGGCUGGCCUCUCUUAUAGUUUGGGUCUGAAUCACCUGUCUGAUCGCACCCCAGAGGAACUGGCUUUGCUCAGAGGCAGCAGGCGUGGAAAGACCCCCAACAGGGGGCGCCCUUUUCCCCAGGAGCUUUAUGAAUCUGUGCAGGUCCCUGACUCCCUGGACUGGAGGCUCUAUGGAGCAGUUACCCCAGUAAAGGACCAGGCCAUCUGUGGCUCUUGUUGGAGCUUUGCAACCACUGGGGCAAUAGAGGGCGCUCUCUUCAUGAAGACUGGCUCCCUGGUGGUUCUCUCCCAGCAGAUGCUAAUGGACUGCACCUGGGGCUUUGGAAAUAACGCCUGUGAUGGAGGGGAGGAGUGGAGAGCGUACGAAUGGAUCAUCAAGCACGGCGGCAUCGCCACUAUGGAGAGCUAUGGCGCAUACAUGGGCAUGAACGGUUUCUGCCACCACAACCAGUCGGAGAUGACCGCACGCAUGCGGAGCUACACCAACGUGACUUCUGGCGAUGCGAAUGCCCUGAAGGUGGCGCUGUUCAAGCAGGGUCCUGUGGCGGUCAGCAUUGAUGCUGGGCAUCGCUCUUUCGUCUUCUACAACAACGGCGUGUACUUUGAGCCCGCUUGCGGCAACAAGACUGAGGACCUUGACCAUGCAGUGCUGGCAGUGGGGUACGGUGCCCUGAAUGGGGAGCCUUACUGGCUGGUGAAGAACUCCUGGUCUACUUACUGGGGAAAUGAUGGCUAUGUGCUAAUGUCCAUGAAGGACAACAACUGUGGCGUGGCCACCGACGCCACUUAUGUCACACUGGCCUGAGCUGAGCGCCCUCUGCUGCUUGCUGGGACAACUGCAGGAAAGCUUUCUGUUGUGUGGGUUUCUGUUUUAUUUGGGGAGCGGUGGGUGUCGGUACAACCCAAAAAGUCAUUUGUUAUUGAUGGUGUCGAGUUUUGCCAGGGGGGGUGGGGUUACAGGGAGCAUUCUGCCUGGGGUUGUUUGCUGGCCACUCUCCUCACAGUGCCUCACAUGACCACUUGCUAAAGCACUUUUAAAUUCAGCACUGGCCUGUGUUUGAAUAAAGAUGGUACUAUUUCUAGUAAAA